CAUCCGCCAGACACAACUCAGAGGGUUUCUGUCUGGUGUUGAAAACAGGGCAGAAGGUUUUGACCUGGAAAGAUCCUUGAAAAACUGGGCUGUGGGGCUAAAAAUCCCUAGGAAGGAGUAAAAAAAAAGGCAAAUAAUUCAGUUGGCCAAUCUGUAACCUGCUAAAAUCUUACUUAAAGAUGAACAACCCCUUUAACACAAUUCAUACAAUAAGGUUUUUGCAAUUCAUACAAUAAGGUGUUUUCAGUGCUUUAAGGACUGCUGCUCUUCAUCAUUUAUUGAGUAUUGAGUCUGGGGAAAAUUUCCCCACAAAACCUUUCAGCUCUUCCCAAUUCUCCGCAUCUAACAGUAACUGCGACUUAUUUAUUUAGAUUGACAGCUCUUCACCCCGGCACCAUGCGUUUUCUCAGGGGGCGGUGACAGUUUUGCGGCAAGUCUGUUGAACACUCACAUUGUACAUUCCAUAGUGGCACAAACAAAGGCACAGAGUUUUAGGAUGAGGGAAAAAGAUGAAGGAAAGUUUCUGGAGUUUAUCCUGUAGGUGGCAUGGCUAAUCCUGGGUGCGGGCUGAACCAGGCGUCGGGAGGGGCCGGACUGGCAGCUGCAGCCGCAGCGAUAGGAUUCUCUUCUGACUGAAGUGAGCGGGUAAUGGCGACAGCAGCAGGGCCGGGAAUUGUCCUCUGCCAAUAAGGAGAGAUCAAAACUAAGGAAGCCGAACCCCCUUCUCGCUUCGGGCUCCGCUGGCCUCCAUGGACCGCGAUGGGAUUUCUCCCUUCCGGAGUGAUGCUUCCCUCGCUGCAGGAAUCCAGGCGACAUGUGCAGCAUCGCUUUGGGGAUUUAGAUAAACAUUCGAUCUGAAUCGGAUAGUCUGGCCCCGGGGCGGGGGCCUGGGAACUCAGCAGGAUUGGACUGGUGGGCGGCCGGCGGCGGAUCGAAUGCAAAAAUGUCGGCUAGCAAGGUGCUAGUGGCCGUGAGAGUCCGGCCCAUGAACCGGAGAGAGUUGGAUCUGAACACAAAGUGCGUGGUGGAGAUGGAAGGGAAUCAGACAAUUCUGCAGACCCCCCCUGCCAAUGCCAAGCAAGGAGAGAGCAGAAAACCACCAAAGGUGUUUGCCUUUGACUACUGCUUCUGGUCCAUGGAUGAAUCAAACACACCUAAAUAUGCAGGUCAAGAAGCAGUGUUUAAGUGCCUUGGAGAAGGAAUUCUUGACAAUGCUUUUCAGGGAUACAACGCUUGCAUUUUUGCAUAUGGACAAACAGGUUCAGGAAAAUCUUUCUCCAUGAUGGGAACUGCAGAUCAGCCUGGCCUUAUCCCCCGGCUCUGCUGUGCAUUAUUUCAGAGGGCCUCUGAGGAAGAAAGUGAUUCUCAGUCUUUUAAAGUUGAAGUCUCCUACAUGGAAAUUUACAAUGAAAAAGUUCGAGAUCUCUUGGAUCCUAAAGGCAAUCGCCAUUCCCUUAAGGUUCGGGAGCACAAGGUGUUGGGCCCAUAUGUUGAUGGUUUAUCUCAGUUAGCUGUAACUAAUUUUGAGGACAUUGAAUCUUUGAUGUCGGAAGGAAACAAAUCUCGUACUGUUGCUGCGACUAACAUGAAUGAGGAAAGCAGCCGUUCGCAUGCUGUAUUUAGCAUCAUUGUGACUCAGACCCUGUAUGACCAUCAGUCAGGGAACUCAGGGGAGCGCGUCAGCAAAGUGAGCCUGGUGGACCUAGCUGGGAGUGAGCGAGUGUCCAAAACAGGUGCAGCAGGAGAGCGCCUAAAAGAAGGAAGCAACAUAAACAAAUCACUCACAACCUUAGGCUUGGUUAUAUCUUCUCUGGCGGAUCAAGCAGCUGGUAAAGGGAAGAACAAGUUUGUGCCAUACAGAGAUUCAGUGCUUACAUGGCUACUUAAGGACAAUCUUGGAGGCAACAGUAAGACUGCCAUGAUAGCUACCAUUAGCCCAGCAGCUGAUAACUAUGAAGAGACACUCUCUACACUAAGAUAUGCUGAUCGAGCAAAAAGGAUAGUUAAUCAUGCUGUGGUAAACGAAGAUCCCAAUGCUAGAGUUAUAAGAGAGCUGCGGGAGGAAGUGGAAAAACUAAAAGAGCAGCUUUCCCAAGCAGAAUCUAUGAAAGCACCUGAGCUGAAAGAAAAAUUAGAAGAAUCUGAAAAGCUAAUUCGAGAGCUAACAAUCACUUGGGAAGAAAAGCUGCGGAAAACUGAAGAAAUAGCACAGGGAAGGCAAAGGCAGCUGGAAAGCAUGGGCAUCUCUCUGGAAUCCUCUGGAAUUAAGGUUGGAGAUGAUAAAUGUUACCUGGUGAACCUGAAUGCUGAUCCAGCUCUUAAUGAACUUCUGGUGUAUUAUUUAAAGGGUCACAACAGAAUAGGUGCUGACACGUCUCAGGAUAUUCAGCUCUUUGGCAUUGGAAUACAGCAGGAGCACUGUGUGAUUCAUGUGGCCUCAGAUGGCGAUACUUAUCUCAUACCGAAGGAAAAUGCACGUACUUGUGUAAAUGGCACCCUGGUUUGCGAACAAACACCACUGUGGCAUGGGGACAGAAUCCUAUGGGGAAAUAACCACUACUUUAGGCUUAAUCUUCCAAAGAGAAAAAGGAAAGACUGGCUGAAAGAGUUUGAGAAGGAAGCAGGUUGUAGUGAAACGGAUCUGGAUGCCGCGAGUGAGGCAUCAUCUGAACCAGACUAUAACUAUGAGUUUGCACAAAUGGAAGUCAUAAUGAAAGCUCUGAACAGCAAUGAUCCUGUUCACAAUGUUGUGCAGGUUCUUGAGAAGCAGUACUUGGAGGAGAAGAGGACUGCCCUGGAGGAACAGAGGCUGAUGUACGAACGAGAAUUAGAACAAUUGCGACAUCAGCUCUCUCCGGACCGGCACCACCAGCACAGCACAGAGCGCCUCUCCUAUGGCUCCCAAACAGCCCAGCAGAAAAUGAACAUGUGGGCUGAGGAGAGGGAUGAACUAUUCAGACAGAGUCUCUCUAAACUUAGAGAGCAGAUUGUCAAAGCCAAUACUUUGGUGAGAGAAGCCAAUUUCCUGGCAGAAGAAAUGAACAAGUGCACAGAUUACCAAGUGACUCUGCAAAUCCCAGCAGUCAACCUGAGUGCUAACCGCAAGAGAGGGGCAAUAGUGAGUGAACCAGCCAUUCAGGUGCGGAGAAGAUGCAGAGGAACACAAAUAUGGACAAUUGAGAAACUGGAGAACAAACUUAUCGACAUGAGAGAUGCAUACCAGGAAUGGAAAGAAAAGCCUCAAGAGAACAAAAGGGUUUCUUAUAAGAAAGGCAACCCAUUUUAUGAAGCUCAAGAAAAUCACAACCUAAUUGGAGUGGCGAAUGUGUUUCUAGAGUGUCUGUUUUAUGAUGUAAAGCUGCAGUAUGCUGUGCCUAUUAUCAGCCAACAGGGGGAGGUUGCUGGUCGACUUCAUGUAGAGGUGAUGCGUGUAACUGGCGUGGUGCCUGAGUGCUUAGUAGGGGACGAUUCCUCAGAGAACUCCAGUGAAAGCGGGAGCUUUGAUAUAAUUGACAAUAGUGGCGAAAUCAUCCAUAGGACAAAAAAACUGACCUGCAGAGUUAAAAUAAAAGAAGCAACUGGCCUUCCCUUGAACCUGUCCAACUUUGUGUUCUGCCAGUACACGUUCUGGGACCAGCUUGAGCCUACAGUUGCACCACCCAUGGUCAAUCCUGACAUGCCUUCACCUCGGAGCAAAGAUGUGCAGUUUACAGUUAAAUUUGCUCAUGCUAAAGAUUAUGUGGUGCAUAUCACAGAAGAGUUUUUAGAGUUCAUUUCUGAGGGAGCUCUAGCAAUAGAAGUGUGGGGUCACAGAUGCGCUGGGAAUGGCAGAUCAUUGUGGGAGAUAGAUUCUCUGCAUGCCAAAUCUAGAACAUUAAGGGACAGGUGGAGUGAAGUAACACGUCGAAUAGAAACAUGGAUUUCUAUUUAUGAGCUAAAUGAAAAUGGGGACUACACAUCUGUAGAGCUGCAUCAGGCUAAAGAUGUGAGCACUGGUGGGGUCUUUCAGCUGAGGCAGGGCCAUUCUCGAAGAAUUCAAGUGACUGUGAAGCCCAUGCAGAAUUCAGGAACUUUACCUCUUAUGGUUGAAGCAAUCCUUUCAGUGUCGGUGGGCUGCAUCACUGCUAGAUCAACAAAGCUACAGAGGGGAUUGGACAGUUAUCAGAAAAAUGAUGAUGUUGGUGGUGAUAUGGAUAGUUACCAGGAGGAGGAUUUAAACUGUGUCCGCGAAAGGUGGUCUGACACACUGAUCAAGCGGAAGGAAUACCUGGAUGAACAGAUACAGAAAAUCAUCAACAAACAAGAGAAAACUGAGGAAGAUAUUGAGAGGGAAGCAAGACUGGUCGAACAGUGGGUGGGGCUAACAGAAGAAAGGAAUGCGGUACUUGUACCAGCACCAGGAAGUGGCAUCCCAGGGGCGCCUGCAAACUGGACCCCUCCAGCUGGCAUGGAGACACACAUUCCUGUCCUUUUCCUUGAUCUUAAUGCUGAUGACCUUAGUGCCAAUGAACAGCUUAUAGGUUCUCACGCCACAGGAGUCAAUUCAAUACUACCAAAGGAACAUGGAAGCCAGUUCUUCUACCUACCAAUCAUAAAGCACAGCGAAGAGGAGGUUUCAGCCACAGCCUCCUGGGAUUCUGCCAUCCAUGACUCAGUGCAUUUAAACAGGGUGACACCUCAGAAUGAGCGGGUCUAUCUGAUUGUGAAGGUCACAGUGCAGCUUAGCCAUCCUGCUGCACUGGAGCUGGUUUUGAGGAAAAGGAUUGCUGUGAAUGUAUAUAAUAAGCAGAGUUUUACACAGAGCCUAAAAAGACGAAUGUCAACAAAAAAUAUUCUGUACUCCUGUGGCGUAAGCUAUGAGAUUGUAUCCAACAUCCCAAAGGCCACAGAGGAGGCGGAAGAUCGUGAAACACUGGCUUUGAUGGCAGCAAGAAGUGAAAAUGAGGGCACUGCUGAUGGAGAAUCUUACAUUGAGAAAUACACACGUGGGGUAUUGCAGGUGGAAAAUUUACUGAGCCUCGAGCGGCUGAGGCAGGCUGUCACUGUUAAAGAAGCUCUGUCAAGCAAAACAAAGCACAUCCGAAGAAGCCUCAGCACACCAAAUAUGCACAAUACGUCUUCUAGCCGUCUUGACCUCAUUGCUGGUGACGAAGAUGACAAGGGUUGGUCAGAUAGCCAAUAUGAUGUGUCAGAGUAUUCCUCCAGCUAUAAGGACAUACCAUUCUACAGCAGCCAAGUGAGUGAUUCACCCAGAAGGAAGGACAGCGGCGGAGGCAGUAUACCAGACAGUAUACAUGCUUUAAGUCCAUUCAAAACAUUUUCUCAUCAACCACCAAAAUUCUUCAAUCCACUGAUGCCUGUCAGGGAGGAGCACAAAAGAAAGAUUCCUGUUGAAACCCAGCCUCUCCUCAGUCAAGAGAGCAUGCCUUCAUCCCAGACAAUUAGCACUGGCACUGCUGUGCCGUCAGGACCUUAUGACAACUGCAUGCCAGUAGAAAACAAUAACACUCAUGAAGAUGUCAUUGAGUCUGAGGAAGAGGAUAAUGAAUUUGAUGGGAGCAGUAAAAAAGGAAUCCACUCCAGCAGUUUUCAGCAUUUCCAGCCUUACAUCCCAGAAGAAUUUGCUGAUUUCAGUGUUUACAAUGCUAGCCUGGACAACAAGGACUGGAUAACCUCAAAAUCAGAUUUUAUUUGCUCCCGGCCUCUAGAGAAAGAGAUUUCUCGGAGUCCUACCACCAGCAGUAUUACUAGUGGCUAUUUUUCUCACAGUGCGUCCAAUGCUACACUUUCUGACAUACUGGUCCCUUCCAGUGAGAGCAUGGAUCAUUUAGUCAGUCAUACAGGGGAUUUUGAAAGCCGAGAUAUUUUAGUUCACCAUUCUGCAAAGGAUCAUACAGUUUGCUCUCACAAGGGACUAAAUGGUAGAAUUUCUACAGACAAUGCAACAAGCCUAGCAAACCUCACAGAAAAAAGUGCCUUUGAUAAAGUGCCACAUUGCACUACUGAUAAAGCUGCUGCUCUCCUGUUCAGAAGUGCAUCUUGCUCUUCUGUGGACUCCCCAACCUACAAAACUAAAGUAAGCACUGUCCAUUUCCUGCCCUGUGAAGUUGCUGUGGAGCACACUUGUGCUAUAUUAGAGGACCAUUCAUUCACAGAGUUCAUGGGGGCUGAGGAUGGCAAAGAUCUGGAGCAACACGAGCACUCCCUGGUUUUAUUUUCCAAUGGAGACAAAGAUAGAGCUGAGUGCAACUCCCUAGCAGCCCUCCCUAAUGCAACACCCAGCCAACACUGGCUGGCAGAGGAUGGUAAUGACUCAGACUGCCUGGGUGAUGCUGCCUUAUUUAGCCAAUCUCCCCCUUGUUCUUCUGAAGAAAGUUCCCUUGUAAAAAUUAAUUUAAAUCUUUCUGACUCUGAAGACAAUCCUUCCCACAAUUCACUGUGUCUCGCACUCGGCGAUCAAGUAUGCAUUGGAGAGAACAAAACUGGGACAGUGCGCUACAUUGGCACAGUAGAUUUCUCACGUGGCACAUGGGUUGGAAUUGAGCUUCAUGCUCAGCUAGGUAAACAUGAUGGGACUGUAAAAGGCAAGGAGUACUUCCGCUGCAAACCCAAGUACGGAGUGUUCGUCCGCCCCAGUCGGCUUACCAAAGCACUUGGCUCAUCACAGAGGAGCAGUAGCAGCACUGCAUGGGGUCAGGCAUCACUGAACAUAGACAAGAGGAGAAGUGCUGUGCUUCGAGACUCUUCAGCUCCCAAGGCACGAGUCACAGCAGCCUACCUGUCGGGGGAUCAGGCAGCGUCUGCAUUCUCUAGGAAGCAGGAGUUCCGCAAAUCCUGGAUUAACUAAGAAGCAUUAUUUGCACUUAUUGCACAAAUCUCGUGUGGGAACCAAUAUGUUGAGAAAAAAAAGUUUUUGUACAGUGUACAGUUUUAAUUUGUCAUUCUGAAACAUUUACUGGAUAGAGUCACAGACAAUGUUCUGUUUUUAAUGUGGUCUCUACAUGAAUUGUGUCUGCCUUGUAGGCAGGUUGUUGCUGCACACUAAAAGCAUGACUGAAAUUGAAUCUGUAGAUAGAGGGCAGGUACUGGGCUGUUCUUACACGAUGACUCGGAAGCUCUAUUUUAAUCAGAGAAAAAAAGGACUAUUUUAUUCAGAGAAGAAAAAUAAACCAUAUAUACAUAUCUGUACAAAUGAAAAGUCGCAGUAUGUUGUUUAUCUACCAAAGAACCUGUGUCAAGUAGAAAUUUUUGCUAAUGGCAUUGCUUUGUACUUUCUGCUGAAAACGAUAGUUCUGUGGGCUUUAUAAUAAUAAUAGUCUCACCAUGCUGCCUUACAGGUUCCUUUUUUCCCUCCAUGGGGUCAUUGGCACAAAGAUUAUCAAGCACCCCCCUUUUAUUUUAGGUGUAGUAGAUUGUUGGUUCUACGUUGGAUGUCACUGUUCCACUCUGGGUUCCAGACAAUGCGUCAAAAAAUACACAGCACUAAUCAGUCUCUUUACCCAACUUUUAGCUGUAGAUAUGAGGAGAGUUUAGCUCUUUUAGAUAAACUGGGAAGCCCAGCUUUUAAAGGUCAUCUAGGGUGUGAUUUGGGGAAAACACCCAUUUGUUGUCCUCAAUAUUUUUUAACUAAGGCUGAUUGGCUGAUACACAAAAAUGUUUUUCUACAUCUGUAACCUGGCUAGCGGGAAUCUUUAACCAAAAAAUAUGACAACCACUGUGUUAGGCUUGUAACGUCUGUUGACCUCUCAUUGGUAGGCACCUUUAGUAGCCACUUAUACAGGAUCCUUGUUAGAAGGAAAAAAAAAACCCACACGGUUAAGUAAACUUGAAAAGCUUCUAACAAGGAGGCUUACAUACUACAAAUAUAAUGUGCUUUUGUAAUGCAUUAUUUCAUUCUGUAAUUAUACAGUAGUUUCUGCCCUACUGGAGAACCUACAUGUUCAUUCUACUUCCAUUAUUUCCACACUAGUUCAAGUUUCACUUUUAUUGUCAUAUACAAAUAACAAUGAAGCAUCAUUACUGUAAUGGCAUUUUUUUUUGACCCGUGUUCCUCCCAACUUUACAUAGACAAACAAAAAAAAAGUUAGGAAUAAGGACUAAUAAGGAAAAAGCUUAUUGCAGAAUAGUCAGGCCAGGAUCUGUCAUAUGUAUGUAUCAUUCUUUGUAAAAUCCCUACCCCACCCCAGACAGAUGUAGAGAAAGCAUUGAUAAUUGUCCACAUUAUGAUGGCCAAUAUGAUAAGGCCAAGAGUCCUGUGUUGUGCUUUGGGUGAUGGACAGAUAGUGUCAACCUUUCCUUAUGUCAUCCCGUCUUAUGUUAAUGACAACACAAGAAAGUCAACACAUUGUGGCAGCUAAUGUGGCACCUACUGAAUUGUAUCUUAGUCUGCUUUUACUUGCAGGGAUAUUUACCAAUGAGUUGCAAAGUGGGACAAAGCAAAGGCAAAGUGAUCUGCUCCGUAGGCAUUAAUAUUGAAAUGUAACACUAGUGGCACAAUUGGAUACCAUGCAACAAACUUAAGAUAUGUUAUAAAAGCAUGCUAGGGAUUGGACUGGCCUGGUUGCAGGGGUUUUCCUCGUGCUGGGUAUAACCCGCAGGAAGAACACAUGGGCAACUACUUUCUCGAAAACACCGGAGACUAAAGAGAAGGCAGCUGUAAACAUAAAUCAUAUGUAUGUGUGUGUCAGUUUAAAACCAGAGUGAAUGUGAUGUUACAUAAGGAAUCCAAUACAGCUAUGAGUUUAGUGGUGCCAAAAUUAUUGAGACCAAAACCACACAGCAAUGAGUACAUGUUUCAAGUGAAACAUUUUUAUGAAAUUGGAAAUACAUAUCAUGAUGGAGUUGCUUUCAUGCACAAUGCCAGGAUAUGUCUUUCAUAAUGAAAUUACAUGGUAAAUAAGAUGUAGUGUACUUAAAUUGAUAAAGUAAGUAAUUUUUUUUUUUAUGUUUUUUUUCUCUCCCACUAGUGACAUUAUUGUCAAGCUUAAGCCACUAGUAGAGUAUUACCCCUGCAACACUAAAGUUACAUGCAUUUGAAUGUAUAUGGUUGUUUGUAAUUUUUUUAUGGUUUGGUGCAUGAACUAGGAAUUUGACCACUAACAAAAAAACAUGGGCUUUAGCUCCAUAACAAACAUAGGGAUUGUGUGGUCCCAAUACUGAUAUUCCCUCAGCUGCUAGGAAACAAGCUACACGGAAGGCAUGAUAUACCACUUCCCACCUAUCAGCUCAGCACUGAACAAGUUUGGUUUUCAGGACCCUAAUGAAAAGCUGCUCUUCUUUCUAUUUCUGUUUCUCCUUGAAAAAAUAUCUGUUGUGUUUUGCUGUACAACUUUGUAAUUUAUACUCAACAAUACUGUUACUGGUACAUAUUAUUUUACUUUUGUGUAGAAUACAAACAGUGCACUUCUGA